AUGUGCGCUGCCUCAGAUAGGGCCGGCCCCACCUCUCCUUCUGUCCCUUCCACUCCAACUUCAUCGCCCGAGUUCAAAUCCGUCAUUAUCGUGGGCGCUGGAGCGUUUGGUGCCGCCACUGCCUACACCUUGGCGAGCAGAGGCAUCCAGGUGGCUCUAGUAGACACAGCCCAGUUUCCGAGCCCGAGAGCUGCAUCGCACGAUAUUGCAAAAAUUGUCAGGGACGAUUAUCCAGAUCUGCUUUACAUGCGAAUGAUGGCUAAAGCUAUGCCUAAGUGGAGGAAUCAUGCCCUAUAUAAGGAAUGGUAUCAUGAAACUGGCAUGCUUCGGGCAGAUCCGACUAACUUUGGUGAGAGAAGCCUGGCAGCCUACCAGAUUCUUGGAAUCAAAAGCCAAUCUGAGAUACUGUCUGUCGGUUCUAUUCGCAAGCGGUGGAACGGCGUCCUUGCUACAGCAGACUUUGAAGGAGCCUCUUCGAUCCUUUACAACCCAGCUACGGGGUUUGCUGAGGCAGACAAAGCCCUUGCUGCAGUCGUGCAGGCAGCUAUUGAUCAUGGUGUUGAGUAUACUGUCGGGGAAAUGGAAAAACUUGUUCUUGACGCAAACAAGGAAUGUACCGGAGUGGCCCUUAAAUGUGGUCAGAUGCUGACCGCCGAUAGGGUACUGAUGUGCACAGGCGCAUGGACAGAACCCCUACUUGUCCAGAGUAAUCCAGACGACAAGAAUCUGCAUGCUAACGGCAGGCUAGUGGCUAUGGGCGCCCUCAGCUUCUACGCCACACUACAAGGCGCGCAGAGACACAAGUUCGAGCGGAUUCCGGUACUGAAAAAUUGUCUGCCACACGUCAUGGGUGAAUCAUUCUCUUAUAACAACUAUAUCAUAGGAGAAGGAAUGUCCACGCUUCAGGAUGGGACAGCCAAGUUUAACUGCGACAUGUGCUUUACCAACUAUGUGAAUUUCGCUGCAAUCGGAAAGCAAAUGUCAAUCCCCCCCGACGAUGGUCAAUAUAACAUGUGGACUGGGGUAAGAGUGGCCCAGUUCUUCCAAGAGAAAGCCAAAAAUGCUCUCCGAGGACUAUACGGACAAGAAGUCGACAAGACAUUCAUUAAAGGCUACCGCUUGUGCUGGGACGCAGUUACGCCAACACAUGAUUUUCUUAUUACCUCUCACCCUUACUAUCCGGGACUAUAUGUUGCCACCGGUGGUUCAUUUCAUGGAUGGAAGUUUUUGCCAGUAAUUGGUGAUUACAUUGCGGACAUGAUGCAAGGCAGCCUAGAGGAUGAAUACAGGCUUAGAUGGUCAUGGGACAGAAAAAGCGGUGACUGGCCAAGUGCAAAUCCUACCUACUCAGUUGUCGGAGACCUGCAGGAUUGGAUCUCUUAA